AUGACUGCAAUCAAUGAAGCAAAAUCUGCCUACAUAGAAGAAGCUGCUCACAUCGUGGAGACUCAUGGGCAUUCUCUGAAAUGGACACGGAGCCAACUCUUCUUGAAGAGUCAGAUGCUCCGUCAGCGGCGAAGUGUCAAUUCAUGGAACACUUUCGUCAGAGUGAAGCAUAUGGAAGCCAACGAAGGUUGUGAAAGGGGUGAUAGGAUCAAACUCACCAAGUUCAUUGCUGAAAACAGGGAUGAGCUCGUUCGUGAGCACUCACAGCUGACGCCAGCAGAGAAACAAGCCCUCAAUGCAGAAGCAGCACGCGCUAACCCCAAGGCUACUCGACACAAUAUGAAUGCGACAUUUACGUCCAUGGACCAUGAAUGGAUAGGCUUCCACAUGGCUGUUCAUGGCAGUAUCGAAGACCUCUCUGAACCGAAGAUUUUUUUCACACAGAAGGCAGAAAAAUUUGUCCAAGAUGUUUUGAAGGUAGAACCUCGUCAUCUUGGUCUCAAGCUCGAGUCAUUCAUUGUCAGCGGCCUCGAGGCAAUUGCCUUGGAGAACAACAUUAAGGGCAAGGUCAAGAUGAAUUACACUAACUAUGAACAAAACAUUGUUGAGCAUCACGGCUUUGCGCUUGUGAACUGGCCCUUGUCCAGUCAUAUUCAGAAUCCUUCAAAAGUCGGUGGAAGAGCCGAAGUGCAGAGAUUACUUGAUGCGCUGAAGUCCCGGUCUUGUGAGUGGGUCAAGCUCACAGACGAAGAGCGUGUCGCGUGCAUGAAGGAUAACUGA